GAACUGAAUCAAUACCCUCGCUUGCAUAACAAACUGCUCGAAGUUGUUUCUGAUUUAUUGCGGGAAAGAUUAACACCUACUUCAGAUUAUGUUGAGAGCUUGAUUGCUAUUCAACGAGCUUAUAUUAACACCAACCACCCUGACUUUAUUGGAGGCGGCGGAGCAAUAUCAGACUUAGUCAAGAGAAAUGAACGUCGACGAAAAGAUAUUGAAAAAAAUAACAGAAGGGCGAAUAACGCACUUAGCAUCAGUACACAUCAUCCUCCGUCGAUAAAUGGACCCGCAAGUGGAAAUGAUCCACUUGAUGUGCUGACAAUAUCUGACGGGUAUAAGGAAGCUUCGUCAUCUAAGGAUUUGGCUGCCCAAUCAAAUGGUACUAGCACUCCGGUAAAUAAUUCAGCAAGUUGGUCACAACGUGAAGGUUUUCUGACGUAUUUCUUUGGAAGUGGAAACAAGCAGGAGAGGACUGCUUUACCAGAUCAACCAAUAAAUCGUGCAAGUAAAUCCAGUAUAGAUAUUGGAGAACUAGAAAGACAAUUGGCCGGAAUCAAUAUGAAUGGAGGGUACUCCGAAGAUUCUAGCUUGACUGAACAAGAGGAGAUGGAAACUCAAUUGAUCCGUUCCCUAAUUACAUCCUACUUUCAUAUUGUUCGUAAAACGAUCCAAGAUAUUGUGCCCAAAGCAAUUAUGCAUCUUUUAGUUAAUAAUUCACGUGAAUCGGUACAAAAUCGAUUGGUAUCCGAAUUAUAUAAAGAAGAUUUAUUUGUCGAUCUUUUACAAGAAGACGAAAGUUUGGCAAGUGAACGACAAAAGUGUCAGACGAUGUUGGAUGUCUACAAGAAAGCUUUUGAAAUUAUUAAUGAAGCUAUGUAG